GAGCUGUCAGCAGGGUUGUGCUGCUCUUUGACCGGGUUGUUGAUUGAUGAAUCGAGUUAAACACUUAGAUGACUUCAGGGCUGAAUGAGAAGGAACACACAGGCUCCUGAAACAGAAAAAGAAGAUGGAGACGGUGAAAGGCUGGAGGUCAGACUGGAGAUUUCCCACCGCUUUGCUCUGCAUCAAUGGAUUCUUCAGCACAGUUAAACCCGUGGAGCCUUUCCUCAUUCCAUUCAUGACAGGACCCGACAAGAACCUGACAACAGAGCAGGUGAAUAAUCAGAUCUUCCCGGUGUGGACGUACUCCUACCUGUCUGUGCUGGUGCCGGUUUUCCUGCUGACUGACUGGCUCCGUUACAAGCCGGUGGUGAUUUUCCAGUGCAUUAAUCUGCUCAUCACAACAUCAAUGCUGCUGUGGACAAACGGUGUGCCAGCAAUGCAGGCCAUGCAGUUCUUCUACGGAGUGGUGACAGCCAGCGAGGUGGCCUAUUUCGCAUACAUCUACAGUGUGAUAGAUGUGAAGAGAUUCCGAAAGGCCACCUCCUACAGCCGCAGCGUCCAGCUCCUGGGGUACACGGUGGGCUCGGUGCUGGGCCAGCUGCUCGUUAGCUUCGACCUCAUGUCAUACAAAAACAUGCUGGUACUAACUUUGGCGCUCAUCAGCGUCGCUCUGCUCGCUUGCUGCUUCCUGCCAAUGCCAAGGCAGAGCAUGUUCUUCCAUCGCAGACACACUGGACAAAACACUGCAACAGGGGACAUGAAAGGCGAUGACGACGGGAGUGGAGAUGCAAAACGGCAGACAAGGAGGUCAAACGGGUCCCUGGAGGAAAGGACGGGUGAAAAUGUGGCGGAGGAGGAAGAUGGAGGGAAGGUGCUGAAUGAAAAGGGCCGUAAGGCUGAGGAGAGCUGUGGCCAAGUCCUCAUCCAGCUGUGGAGGGACUUCUGCCACUGCUAUUCCUCCAGGCAGCUGCUUUACUGGUCUGUGUGGUGGGCAAUGGCCACCUGUGGCUAUAACCAGACUACCAACUAUGUGCAGGUGCUGUGGGAGCACGUGCAGCCCUCUCAGAACUACAGCAUCUACAACGGAGGAGUAGAAGCCGUUUCCGGUCUGAUGAGUGCAGCUACAGCCUAUGGCAUAGGCCACAUUGAGGUGAGAUGGGAGCAGUGGGGAGAGCUGGCACUAGGCGGGUUCUCUGGACUGGGGGCAGCAGCACUCUUCGCCAUGACCUUCAUUGGAAACAUCUGGGUCUGCUACACGGGCUAUGUUGUGUUCAAAUGCCUCUACAUGCUUUUAAUAACAAUAGCAAUGUACCAGAUUGCAGCCGAUCUGUCGAUGGAAAGAUAUGCACUGGUCUUUGGAGCGAACAACUUUGUGGCAUUAGCUCUACAGACAAUCAUCACUUCUGUGGUAGUUGAUAGCAGAGGACUGGGGCUGGCCAUCAUUCCUCAGGUGUGCUAUCGAAAGUCGAUAAGAAACACGUGCAGAGCGUUUAUACUGCCACUUAACGCUGAUACGCAUCUGUUUGCACUUCCACAGUUCACCAUUUACGCCAGCUACUUCUUGGUCAUCGCGGUCGUGUUUUCACUUCGGGGACUGUUCACCAUUAGGAGAGUAACGACAAGCAAAAGAGGAACCACACCUUCAGACAAAAGCGAACCUCCAGGAUUCGUGGAGCACAGACUGUGACAAUAAGGACCUUUGCAAAGCAAGCUGGGGUAAUGACCUGUAACUUUGCUUUUUUGGUCUCCAUUAAA